AUUAGAGAUAUAGUUUCAACGCUUGUUUUUGUUUCCGCAAUUUUUGGUAUUUUGUAAGAUUUUCAAUGCUGCUUCAAUUUCCAAAAAUUAUGAGUGAAAAUUGACAAAAGUGCCGGAGUAUUCCGCAACAUUUUAAAUUGACGAUCGGUUGUACUUCCGUAGUGGUGUGUGGUAGUAAUUUGUUGCUCGUGCAAUUAUUUUUUAUAGAGGAAACAAUAGUAAACCCAUAUACGCGUUCUUUUAGUAUACCUAGCUUUCCAGAAUCAAUUUAAAGUGGAUACUAUACAUUCCUCUUAUUCUCGUCCCACACCCAUUUUACACCAAAUCGAAUUACGAUACAAAUUGCAAUCGGGUCGACUGAACUGUGAAAUUACCCUUUCUCGAAAUGCGUAUAAAACCAGAGCAAAAUCUGAGGACGGGACAGAAGUUGUCGCGCAGUUCAGUGAGAGACGUCGACUUAGAAAUUUCCCAGUAAACCGAGCAUACCAUACAAGUCACAAACAAUCCUCAGGUUGCUUAUUUUGUUGAGCCACCGUCGAAAUGAUGAUGAUACAGUCUAAAAUGAAACCCAACGGCGUUCGUCGUAACGUCGCAGUUCUCUUGGUUGUGAUUUGUUUUUGCCAAGUCGCUUUCAGCUACGUUCAUGCCAGCGGAAACCGGCUGGAUAGAAACCAGCAGCAUGUCGUCGACUCCAGUCGGAUCACCAAAGAUCGACAAAGAUUCUCGACAAUUUUUAGACGAGAAAGGGUCGACGUUAAUCCGCACGUUCGAGACGUUCGCGCUGACUCGAGACAGUCUCGAAUCGACGCUAGAGAUAUCCGCACAGAUUUUCGAGAAAUCAGGAGCGAAUUGAGAGGCGACGUUCCAAACGCUCAGACAUAUUCCAGACAAUACCUAAUCGAUUCCAGACAGAGGUUGAACGAUAUCAAUAACAACAGAGAUCGACAAAUACGUGACUUCCAAAGUACAAACGCCGAUCGGAAUUUGGACAGGCUCUUCAGGAGAGAACGAUCCGACGUGUCAAGGCGCGUCUCAGAGAGAAGAGACUCGUCGUUGGAAACGAGACGGAUUCGAAAUGAAAAUCGGGUUAUACUGGAUCGGCGACUCUCCGAAAAUGGAUUUCUAGAUCGCGUUUAUAGGUUUACGAGUUCCACUGAAAGAGACCGAAGGACUGGAAUAGACGAAUUCGGUCGAAGAGCGACGGUACAAGGCAGGGUAAGUGAGUCUCGCCGUCAAGUUGAUGGAGUCUCGAAUGGACGUUAUCGAGGAAGCGAGCGUUUGGUCAGAGCUCCGGAAGAUAGGAACGAUAGAAACCGAUCUGACGGACGACGUGGAAAUGUCAGAGCCACGACAAUACGACAUGCAAAUAUCAAUAAUGAACGAGAACGAUCGGAAACGCAGACCAGAUUUAGGAAAAUGUCAGCAGGCGAGAUGGCUUUGUUUGAAGGUGACAGGUUUAUGGGCGAGGCGAACUCGAGGCGUUUGUUGAGUAAACCAGUUGAGGACGUUGCUUUCACAGAUAAAUAUCCCAACAUUACCGCGCUGAAUUCUAUCAAAGUUCUCCUCACAUUGAUAAUUCUAGGACAAAUCUGCAUGGGAGCAUCGAAAUCCAAGAAGUUUAGAUCUUUCAACUGGCCAGCUUUCUAUAAAAUAAAAACGGAGUAAACAUUACAUGACGACCAUGGCUUUUCAUUCCGGCACUGACUCUUUAUACCGUAGUUUAUAAAAAAUAUCUUAUCUGUAGUAUUAAUCGUUUAUUGUAGAGUAUAUUUCAAAUACCAACAAAUGGCAUUGUUAUUGAGAUAUUACACUGUUACUCGAUUCAGAAACCUUUAUCAAAAUCUUCACAUGCAUAAAGUUAGUAAAAUAUUAUAAUG